GUUUCUUCACAUCUGCGAGUCGGCGGACGACCUCGUUCUGCAGUCGCAGAUGCAGCGCGAGCUCGGGCGCCGCACAGGCACCUGCUUCCAACGGUGUGUCGGCCAAGACGCCUCAAAUGCCAUGUGGUCCACGACGUACGACAUCGAUCAGAAGUUCGGAACGAACUACCACCAGCGCUUCCAGGAUUUCAUGAAGAUGGCACAGAGCAAGAACUUGGUCCUGGGUGGCGCGAUGACUGAUGUAAAAGGCGAUCGGAGCUUGAAUCCCUCACAGCAGGAGGACCCCGACCUCUUCGUGCGCGUCGCCGAGCGGAGGCCCAACGGCGGCAUUGUCCUCCGUGGCUGCAAAGCCCACCAGACAGGGAACCUCAACUCCCACUGGAUGAUCCUCAUGCCCGGGAGUAAGAUGGAAACUGCUGACAAGGACUAUGCCGUGUCCUGCGCGGUGCCGGUGGAUGCUCCGGGCAUCACAUACAUCUAUGGGCGUCAGAGCUGCGACUUGCGGGCCAUGGAGCCUGGCGACAUCGACCAGGGCAAUGCGAAGUUCGGCGGACAGGAGACCAUGACAAUCUUCGAGGAUGUCUACGUGCCACCUGAGUACGUUUUCAUGGACGGGGAGGUGGACUUCACCCAAAGCUUGGUCGAGCGCUUCACGGCCUACCACCGCCGCUCCUACGUUUGCAAAGCCGGGCUUGGCGACGUGAUGCUGGGCGCUGCGGCCACAGUUGCAGACUACAAUGGCGUCGCGAAAGCCUCGCACAUCAAGGACAAGCUGGUGGAGAUUGCCUACCUCAACGAGAACAUUGCGGGAACUGCCAUGGCAUCGUCCUAUGGCGGCAAGGCCACACCUUCCGGCAAUUUCCUUCCGGAUGUCAUGAUGGCAAACAUUUGCAAACACAAUGUGACGAAGCUCCCGUACGAGAUUUCACGCCUGGCGCAGGACUUGGCUGGAGGACUCAUCGUCACCCUUCCCGCCGACAAGGAAUUCCGUAACGAUGUGGCCGGGCCCAUGUUGGAGAAGUACUUGAAGGGCAAGAAGGGCGUCACUGUGGAGAAUCGUCGACGCAUCCUCCGCCUCAUCGAGAACAUGACCAUGGGCAGGAAUGCCGUGGGCUACCUCA